AAAUAUAAAUAUAUUUAUUUAUACACGCAAAAGGAUUAAACAUACACUUCAUCACGUCACAGAAAAAAAAUUAUGUAUGGAAAGUCAAAGAAUUCAACAGUGCCCUCGGAUGCACAAGCUAGAGAAAAACUUGCCCUUUACGUUUAUGAAUACCUGCUGCAUGUUGGCGCACAGAAGGCGGCACAGACAUUUCUUUCUGAAAUCCGAUGGGAGAAAAAUAUAACGUUAGGGGAGCCGCCUGGGUUUCUCCAUACGUGGUGGUGUGUGUUUUGGGACUUGUACUGCGCAGCACCAGAGCGAAGAGACCAGUGUGACCAUUCAUCAGAAGCUAAAGCGUUUCACGAUUACGGAUUUGUGAGCUCUGGUUAUGGCGUAAAUGGAAUUGGUGGGCAUAAUGCCGGACCCGCACCAAGCCCUUUAGGACAGUUACCACCAAAUGAGGGAAUGCCAGGUGGUCCAAUGGCACCCAACUUUUUUCCUAAUUCCACAAUGCGGCCAUCACCACCUACUCAUUCAUCAAGUCAACAGUCCCCGCACCCCCAACCCCCACCAUCACAAAUGAUGCCUGGUCAGCCAUUCAUGGGAGCGCCAAGAUAUCCAUCUGGUCCAAGGCCGGGUGUUCGGAUGCCACAAGGAAUUGGAAACGAUUUCAAUGGACCACCUGGACAACCAAUGAUGCCAAACAGUAUGGACCCAACGAGACAAGGAGGUCCUCCUGGUAUGGGUCCUAUGAAUCCACGUAUGAAUCCACCCCGAGGUCCUGGAAUGGGACCAAUGGGACCUGCUACAUAUGGACCAGGAAUGAGAGGUCCACCUCCAAAUAGUAGUUUAGCACCCGGAGGGCCAGGAAUGCCUCCAAUGGGGAUGGCCGGAGGAAGACCACAAUGGCAACCAAAUACAUCAACGCCAAUGAACUAUUCGUCGUCAUCGCCAGGGAAUUAUGGCCCGCCGGGUUCAAGUGGGCCCCCUGGACCCGGAACGCCUAUCAUGCCAUCGCCGCAAGACUCAUCGAAUUCUGGAGGUGAAAAUAUGUACACUUUAAUGAAACCAGUUCCAAGUGGCAAUAUGGGAAGUGAAUUCCCAAUGGGAGGAGGACCAGAUGGUGGUCCUAUGGGACCGAUGGGUCCCAAUACAAUGGGACCUGUACUUAAUGGAGAUGGACUAGAUGGUAUGAAAAACUCACCCGCUAAUGGAGGACCUGGGACGCCGAGAGAAGAUUCAGGGAGUGGUAUGGGUGAUUACAAUUUAAGCGGUUUUGGCGGACCAGGAGAAAAUAUGAGCCUGAAAGAAGUCAAAUAUAGCUCGCUAAAUAUAUUUGGACUUGUGCCACCGGCGGCGACUUCGUCCAAUGAGUGCAACAUAAACAACCACUCCGAUCAACCUUGAUGAGAGUAUAAUGUCGAAUGUCAUCCGUUGCAGCAAUUUUAAGGAUUUGAUGAUGUGAAUGAGAACACACACUUUGGAAUGUAUUCAAAACGAAACAAAGAACUUUCUCUGGUACGCCAUUUUAUUUUGGUGUUUUUCAAUUUAACUAAAUGUUUACAAAAAAAAAAACUUUUAUGUGCCUGUAGCCUGUUUAUAUGGAAUGACGUCUCUUGCUCUUUGUUUUCCUUGGAAUAAUAAUAACUUUCCUAAUAAAACGAACAAAAAAAUAAUAAGUUACUUUUAUGUUCUUGUCUAUUGGUUAUAAUGAAAUUAUUUUUCAAACUUCAAACGAUCAGAAAGCGUUUUUUUUUUUUUGUUUAUUUAUUUUAAGUUGAUAAGAUUAUUUGGGCAGUACAAAGAAAGCGCUGAUGUUUAAUUAAGAAUUUCAGUUGAAUUUGCUCCAUUCUUUUCUUUAACGGACAUUAAGACCUAGUUUUUCAGUGCGAGAUCAUCCUUCUUUCGGUUAACUAUGAGUCAACUCUAACAACUCAAAAAAUUCCGAGGGAAAAAAUAUUCCCCUGGAGAUUCAGGAUAGGUGAGUUUUUCCUUAGGACGGACAAUAUUCAAACUCUUAACCAAAUACAGUCAAUGCCCUCUAAGUCGAACUUUCACGUGACUUGAAAAUUGAUUCAAGUAAAAGAGAAAUUCGAGUUAGAGAGAUUAAUUUCAUUUAUUUUCUUCCAAUUUUUCAAGUUCGAGUUAGAGAUAAACUCGACUCAGAGGGAGUUCAACUUAGAGGAAGUUGACUGUACAUUAAAGGUUUUGCCAAUUUCAACUUAGUUUGCAUGCAAACCGAGAAGGAAGUAAUCUGCUAGCAGAGUAAAAUCGAAAACAUAAGGAGUAGCCAUAAUUAACAUACGCGCUCAUAGCCUUCUGUCACGAUUUACAUUUUUGUUUCCCAUAAUUUUUGUAAAAAAAAAACGCGUUGAAUUAUACAAAAAUAUUUUUAAAACUGUUUUUAUACAAUUCACAAUUCGUUUAUCGCAUUUUUAUUAAGUGAAAAUUAAUUUAAUUUUUCCAUCCCCCUUGCAUCCAUGUUGUUUACAUUUUAUUCAGAGAAAUUUACUCAUGCCGUGCGGUUCAGAGCACACGGUAUAUGCUUAACGAAAGUAAACGAAGCGCGCAUAUGCGCAUUAUGGCUAUCCCAUAAGAAUUGUGUAUGUUUGACAACUCACUCAUGCCAUUUUGACAUAAGCCCAUGCGCGCAUAUGGGCCAAAAUAUUAUUUAGUGCCUAAAAAAUGUCCCUUUUUUUGAAUUUCAUUUUUCUUGAAGAAAAAGUACAAAUUAGUAGAAAAACUAUAUUGAGUUAUAAAAUUAACAUUAUUUACUCUUACAAGUAGUUUGAAACCCAAAUUUGGAUCGAAUUGUUUACAAAUCACGGUAACAUUGUGGUUUAUCUUGGUAACGCAGUCGUAUUUAAAGUUUUAAAGCUGAUUUUUGGUACACACAGAAACAAACAAGGUAAAAUCAUUAAAAAUAAAAAUGAUUCAUCAUAAUUUUACCAAUGAUUUUGCUCCAUAGGUGUUUCGGAUUAUUUUGAAAGGAUUCCAUUCCUUUUAAGACAACAUUUCGUUCCUGUUAAAAAACUUUUUUAUGUACAGUCGUCGGCAUAAUUAUUUUGACUAAUUUACAAUUCUCGAUCUAAUAAGAAUAAUUUCUAACGGUUAAACUUUAUAUAGGUAAAGUUAGUGGUUAUUUAUUAAGUAGCUUUGAAAUUAAUUAAACACAAUUUGAACUACAAGUUAAGUUUUCAUUUGACAUUGGAUGUAAACAACGAAUUAACAUUGUGUUUGGUAGAUAUCGAUAGUUUCCAUUGUCGAUUGUAUCGAUAGUUUUAAGAAAAAACUAUCGAUAAUAUCGGUAGCCUUGUGGUAAAAUAAUUUGGAAGUAUUGAAACUAUCGAUAGUGUUGUGAAGUAUCGAUAUACUCGAUAUUUUUUUGUUAUCGAUGCUAUAGAUAGACUGUCGAAGUUUAACCAACACUAAAUUAACAGCUAAUUUAAUUUUUAAUGGAAAACAUGCAAUGUAUUUGUGCAAAAGAGAACAAAAACAGCGAAAAAACGAUAAAUGUAAAAAAUUUCGAUUUUUUUUUUAAUUUCUUCAAAAAAAUCACUACACUUUCAAAUAAAUUGUUCAAAAUUGUUUAUAAUAUCUUUCGACUGGUAGCAAAUAACGUUUGAGCAGAAUUAUUAGCUACAUAAAUAUUGUUUUUGGUUGAAAAUGACUAAAAACAGUGGGAAACUCUCAAAAUAAUUGAAAAAACUUUCAAAAAAAAAUUUUGUUCGAAGUCGUACCGAUAAAUCGAAAAACUAAUGACGCCAAUCGAUUUGUCGGGUCCGAAAUAGGGCGAAACAGUUAAUCGCGCACCUGUCUCAAAAAUUUUUUUCAAAAAACUUGCACAGUGUAACCAUUAACUUUACCUAUAUAAAGUUUAACCGUAAGAAAUUAUUCUUAUCAGUUCGAGAACUGUAAAUUAGCCAAAAUAAUUAUGCCGACGACUGUAUCUAAAAAAAAAA